AUGUCACCAGUCCCCCAAUCCAUCCUCCGUGCGCUGUCUCUUCCCAAUCUCGAUCCAUCAAAAGCCACUCUAUCAACGUCCGGCCUAGGAUCAGGCUUCUCCAACACAGGACGUAUCACAGUAUUUCUACCAAGCAAUGGCUCAUCCGAAGAAGAAGAAGAAGAACGACAGUACUUUGUCAAAACAUCCCCCGACGGAAAAGAGAUGUUUGAAGGCGAAUUCGCCUCGUUGAAUGCUAUUGCCGAUGUUGUGCCUGGUUUCUGUCCCAGGGCUUUGGGAUGGGGUUCUUUAGAAGACAACAAAGGCUAUUUCCUGGUUACUGAGUUUCUGGAUUUAUCAGGUCGCCCUCGCUCUUCUGGUACGGCGAAAUCGGAAACGGGUUUUGCGCAGAGGUUGGGAAAGUUACAUAGUACACCUGCCCCUUCAUCCUCUUCAUCGACGGGGAAGAAAUAUGGGUUUCCAGUACCUACAUACUGCGGAAAUACGCGCCAACCCAACAGCUUUCACGACUCGUGGGAAGACUUUUACUCGAAUGAGAGAUUACUCAUGAUCCUGAAAGAGUCCGAGAGGAAAAAUGGCUCAGAUGCCGGACUACGAGAUCUAGUCACCAAGACCGCAGAGAAGGUCGUCCCACGGUUACUUGGCGACGACCACCUAGGUUACGAUCGAAAUGGCCAGGGAGAAGGGAUAUACCCCGUCGUCGUCCAUGGGGAUUUGUGGAGUGGGAAUGCAAGUCACGGCCGAAUCGUUAGAUCUUCUUCCACCGAAAACGAAGGAGGAGGUUUAGUAUAUGACCCCUCGGCUUGCUAUGCGCAUAAUGAAUAUGAGCUGGGGAUAAUGCAUAUGUUUGGUGGUUUCGGGAAGGCAUUUUUUGAUGAGUAUCAUUCUAUUGUCCCUAGGACAGAGCCGGUGGAGGAGUAUGAGGAUCGGGUGAAGCUUUAUGAACUGUAUCAUCAUUUGAAUCAUCAUGCUAUCUUUGGAGGUGGGUAUAGAUCUGGUGCUGUUUCGAUUAUGAGUGAGUUGAUUGAUAAAUACGGACGUGGUUAG